GGUCUCAGAUGGUGUUUUGGGGUUUCAGAUGGUGUUUUUGGUCUCAGAUGGUGUUUUGGGUCUCAGAUGGUGUUUCACCGGUCAGUGGGAUGUUUCUGAGGCUCAUCGUGUGUUUUGAGAGUCAGUGGUGUUGUAUCACGGCGUGAGGGUGAGUGCAGGGUUCUCAAGGCUAUGUUCUCUUCCUCUGAGUUGUGUUCGUCUGUCAGGUGGUUUCCUGUCUGUUAUGUAUAUUUCCUCCUCAGCUGAAGGUCGUGACCCUGCAUUCUGUUCGAUUGGUUUCCUCUCCAUAAGGUCAAGAUUCACGAAGCAAAUGCGGGAACAGAACAAUCAUGUGGAUCUGAUUAUGAUUGUCAUUACACGUGAUAACGUUUGUGUCGGUAUGUGUGUGUUGUAUUAUCUUUGUUUGUUUUAAGGGUGUGUGUGUGUGUGUGUGUGUGUGUGUGUGUGAAACGUGCUCCACAGAUGUUGUAUGAACAAUGUGGCCCCUCUCUAUUGUGUGUGUUCUGUGUCUCAGCAAGCGUCUGAUUCCAGUCCGGAUUCUGCCUCACGCUGAGUCCGAGCACAAAACAAAAGCAUUUGAGGAUUUCAAACGGGAUUUGGUCACAUGAGAUGCUGAAAUCAGCCUAGUACAGAUUAGACGGAUCAGCUCUGAAAUCAUGGGGCUUCGCACACACAUGAAUGAACUGUUGUGUCUUACACAUUCAUAAAGAGUGGAUCUCAGGAGUCAGUGAGGACGCUUCCUCAGCUUUCUAGAAGACUGUCAGAGUUCAGCUCUUGUGCUCUGACUCUGAGGUGCUCAAACAGUGACUUCUGUAGCGUCCUCUCGUGGUCAUAUCUGGAAACACACCAUGCAUUUCACUUUUAGAGUUUCACAAAGGGAGAAAAUUAAAAUGUAUAUAUUUAUUUUAAUUCCUUGUUUUAAUUAUUUGCAAAAACCAGAUUUAGAAUGUUUGUUAAUUUAUGAAAAACAAUAAUAAAAAAACAACAACAAUAAUAAAAUGUAAACAAAUAAGAAUUAUUUUAAUUAAAAAUUAGUUUAUUAAAUAAUUGCAUUUCUUUUUAUUUAUUUUGUUAGAUAUAGUAAAUUCAUUGAAAUUUCCAAGUUUUUAAUAAAUAAUUGAAUGUAUUCAUAGGAUUAUCAGUCCUCUGCUGUCUUGUGACUGGUGACCUCUGACCUCUGGAGUCUCAGUGUUCUGAGUGUCUGGUCUGUGGCGGCUCCUCACUGAUCUGCUGUGGUGCUGCUCUGGGGUCAGUGGUGUUGUGUGUGUAGAGCAGCUCCACCUCUCCACAGAUGAUUCCAGAUCAGUGUUCAGACCUGAAGAGUGUUAAGAAGAUUAGCACUGACUCUUUAUCUCUGAACGGACUGCAGACGCUUCACUCUAGAUUACACCGUGUUUUAUGAGCAGAUGAAUGAAUCAGGCCGUGAUGAUUCUGCUGGAGCACUGGGAGACAGUGAUGACAGCGAUGAGGAUACACAGACACUGCUGGCGGCUUCCUGGGAGAGUUUAUCCAUCAUGGAGCGACUGGGAUUAAAGAGCAGUGUGGAGAUGACGGAGGAGGAAGUGGAGAGCGCGUUUACCCAGAUUGCAGUGGGGUUUCACUGUGACCAGUACACACUGACCCAGCGGCUGCAGGCUGAGCGACACGAGCGCUGCGUCGCAGAAGAGAACCUGCAGAGAGAGCUGAGACAGAGCAGAGAGAUGCUGCAGCUGUUGUAUGAGCGUCUACAUGAGGCGGACAGCAAAAAGAUGGUGCAGCAGAUGGAGAACAACCUGCAGAUGCUUGAGAGCAACAUGGACAACGUCCUCAAAACAGCAGAGAUGCUCGGAGCUGCACACCAGGAAGCGCGUGUCAGUCACGCAGUGGAGCUGAUGUCAGUACACAUGGAGCAUCUCAAGAGACGUCACGCUACAGAGAGCGAGGAGAUGCUGGAGGUCAGAAAGCUGCUCCACAGGAGGAAAGGUCGAUUGCACAGUGACUCCACAGAUGAUCGAGAGCUCUUCAGAUAUUCAUCACAACAGGUAACUGAUCAUCCGACACGGCGCAGGGUCAGCAUCACCUUCCUCCCGACUCAGUCUGAGUUGAAGCAUCUAGAGGCUUCGUUUCUGGAGAACUGCAAGGCUAGUUUGGAUGCAAAGGACAGGAGACAGGAAGUAGUUCCAGACGAUUCUCCCGCGAGCAGUCUAAACCAAGACGAUGACAGCAGCGUGUUUCAAAGUCCAACGCAAAUCACGUCACUGCGCCAUCGCCGUCGUUAUUCUCCUACAGGACGCGCAUUUAAGGGGGAGGAGUCAAAACGAGGGGAGGAGCACAACCGAGAGCUAUGUCUCGCUCCACUACAGCGCCCCCUGUUGUCCUGGAGGUCUACAUGCGGAAGCAUCGUCAGAAUGUCUUUGCUUGUAUUCGUCCUGCUGAUGCUGAUGUUGGUUCUUUUAUGUGUUGUCAUGAGUGUUUGUAUAAACAACUGAUGGUUUAGUGUAGCUAUCUGAUCUUAGAAUAAACAUUCUGUAAAAACUG